GCACCUUUAGCAGCUUAAACAGCACAGAACAGCAUGUUCCAACUGUUCCCCCACUCCUGAAAUAGUGGUGAAAAAAUGAAAGUUAUAAUCACUUAACUCAAAAGCAAUUCCUGCUGCCAGUAUCAUCAUCAUCAUCAUCAUCAUCAUCAUUAAAGCCUUCUGGUUGAAAAGAUCUACUCUUACAGAGAAUAAACUGGAAUGUCAGACAAUCCAAUCCAGAACACCAUUAAAUACUGCUAGGAUUUAAGAUGAUUUAUGACUUACCUCAGACAACCAAGGCAGACAUGCUACUACAGGAGUUUAAACUUAUAUGCAUUAAACUUAUAUGCUUCAGUAGGAACAAACUACUUUAAAUUCAAGUACUAUGACUGAAACUGAAUUAUCUGGCUGUCCUAAAAAUUAACUCAGAUUUUCUGUCCACUCAGCAGAGUCAUACACACAGCACUUAACACCAGGUAUGGUACACUAGAUUACGCAACAAUAUAUUAAAGAUGACUGAAGUUGGAUCCUGGAUUCCAUACAAGUGAAAUGGCAAAAAAUAAAAGAAUUCCAAGAUUUGCUGUUUUGCACCACUGAUAUUCUACCACCCAAUUCAUAUUAGCAGCACACUGUAAACAUCUCAAGAUUAGGAUGAAAGAGUCAGAUUGGUGUGCUGUGUGAGUGACGUUCCUUCCCUUACAAACAGUCCUCCAGCCUCUUCAAAACAGUACUGCUAUUUUCCAGCAAUAGAAGCUCAUUCAGGAUUUUGUGGCUGACUCAAAGCUACAAACGUCCGCUGCUUUGAAAGAAAGAAGGGAAGGUAAUUUCUGAAGUUAAAACCAACCCCAAUAGCUAAACUUCAGACACAAAUAUUCCUUGCAGGAAAGAUGAAGUUAAUCUUUGUGGUCAUAGUUUGCUUCUGCAUUUUGGUGAACACACAAACAGGUGCCAGACCGAUCGAGGAUGAAGAAGACCCCUACAGACAGCCUGCAAACAUGCCCUAUUGGCCUUUCACAACCAACGAUUUCUGGGCAUAUGUGGAAUACUUCCGGAUCUUAGGAGCAUACCAUAGAAUCAAUGAGAUGGCCAGGACCUUCUUUGCUCAUCAACCUCUUGGAAGUACUCUUGGAUAUCAUGUCCCGGAUCAUGAGCACUAACUCACUUGGCGAUUCCCAACGAUUUCCAAUACCAACGGAUCACCAGAAUUGCUUUUCUAACAACUGUUAUUCCACUGCUUCUUUUGUAUCAAAUACGUAACUUCUGUUCCUGGUACUUCUAAUGUUAAUCUUAGUGUGGCCUCUUUUUUACUAGACUAUAUAUACUUACUAUUUACCUUUU